AUGUCUGUCCCCGAGCUCGCCUGCUCUUACGCCGCUUUGAUCCUGGCCGACGAGGGCCUUGAGAUCUCUGCCGAGAAGAUCCAGACCCUUGUCGCUGCCGCCAAGGUUCCCGAGGUUGAGCCCAUCUGGGCCACCAUCUUCGCCAAGGCUCUUGAGGGCAAGGACAUCAAGGACCUCCUGACCAACGUCGGCUCCGGUGGCCCUGCUGCCCCCGCUGCUGGUGGUGCCGCCGCUGGUGGUGCCGCUGCCCCCGCCGAGGCUGCCGCUGAGGAGAAGGUUGAGGAGAAGGAGGAGUCCGACGACGACAUGGGCUUCGGUCUGUUCGACUAA